ACUAGCCGAUUGAAAAUGUCUCUGGCUCGAUCUCUUGCAAUGAACUUCAGUGGUCAACUAAUGGCCCGAGUUCUCUCUUUCGGUAUUAAUAUGUAUUUGCUGAGAGUGGUCGAUAACGAUGUACUUGGUCUUGUUAACGUACGGUUUGGUCACCAUUCAGAACUACACAUUUGUGCGAUCAUAGGCAUUCUAGAAAUACUUUGUAGUAUUGCGUAG